CACUGUCCUUGCCGUUCGACGCUAGCCAACACUACCCUUAAGAAACUCGUGGUGCCGCAUUGUUUUUGUUGCGCAAAUUUUCAACUCGGUUUAAUGUGUGAAACUGUCUCUGAUCCAAGAAGAACCCUAAUUGAAUCCAGGCAGGAUGUCUAUGCGGCGACAGCGCAUCAAGGCUCCGGCCAAUCUGUCGCUCAUCAAACGAAAACCGCGCAAGGAGGAACUGCCAGCGCCGAAGGUGGAACCGCAGGAGGAGGAGGCAGUGGCGGCUGCAGUGGUUGAAACCCCGCCCACCGCUGCAUCGACCCCCGCGGAGUCCGAACUCGAAGCUGAUGCAAUCGCCUUCAAAAUGCCCACCAGCUCAGUGGCACAGAGCGAUGAGGUCUUUCACUCAGACAUUGAGGACAAUGUCAUUCAGAUGGACCUACAAAAGACCGCUAGUGGGUUUCCUAUGUCGCCAAGUAAGGCUCAAGCCCGCCAACGCGUUCGGCCCACUCCAGUUUUUGGGCAACGGCGCAACAGUUUCGUCGGUUCCCCAAUGGCUGGGGACUUUGAGGGCGACUAUCAAUCUCCGGCCACGCCCACGCGGCGAGAGAGGUACCUUAGUGGCUCCUCGACGGGAACUCCCCAGCAGAUGGUAGCUUCCCCUAUGCCUCAGUCACCCUACAAAUACUUACCGCCGGUCAUGAGUCCGGGAAUGGGACGCAUCCGCACCGAGUCCACCUGCUCCACUUAUUCCGAGGGUGGCAGCAAGCAGCGAAAGGAUGAUAAGUCACAAAGCCAAGGUGGACAGCGUCUGAAUGCCCGGCGGGACUUCGAGACGCGGUUCAACAAGGGCGUGCCCGACAAGUCCACGUUCAAGAUGAUGGACAUGAUCUUCUACAAUCCAGAGAACAAUCCCAUGGUGCCCAAACAGUCGGUGACGACCAUCAAGGACGAGUCAAACGGGGAGGAUGCCAAACCAUCUAAGGAUCAGCUGCUGGAGGCCAAGGGUGAGCCCACAUCCACCAUGCUGGUGCCGCAGCUAAAGCUAGACGCAAACGGUGAGAUGAUCAUUGACGAGAAAACCCUCGAGAUUGAAACCACAGCCGAGGUGGAGGCCCGCAAAGUGCUGGCAAACUCAUCCCUUAUCUUGAUGGAUGAGACCACGGGUGACAAUGGAUUUUAUAAACGGCACAAGCGAACGCCCUACUGGACGUCCGAUGAGACAGUUCGCUUCUAUCGUAGCCUGCAGAUCAUCGGAACGGACUUUUCCCUUAUGUGUCAAAUGUUUCCCAAUCGUUCACGUCGGGAUCUAAAACUUAAGUACAAAAAGGAGGAGCGGACCAAUGGACAGCUGAUCAACAAGGCACUUCUCUAUCCGAAGGCAUUCAACAUUCAGGAGCUAAAGGACCAACUGGAGGAAGAAGAUCGCGAACGGGAAGAGAACGAUCGCCAGUGGAAAGAAAUUGCACGCGCCAAUCCCGCGAAUCCGAAAAAGCGUGCACGGGCACAGCUUCAAAGUAAGGCAUCACGAGCUCUAAGCGAUGGCGAUGUUGUGUAUGAAAACGAGAACGUGACAAACAAAAAGCUGGGCAAGCAGGCUUGGGCCAAAAGACGCAAGGAAUUGGAGACGGAUGAGAACGACGGAAAUGUUUCGGCUAAACGAAAGCCAAAGGCUAAGCGGCGGUCACCCAAAUGUUCGGCUUUAGUGCCAGGAGAGGGACCGGCGGAUUUGGCUCCAAUUAAGCAAGAGGAUGCGAUCAAAACCGAACAAACGGGAGGCCACCUACCAACGGGGGGAGAACUACAAGCUGAACUGAACGGUCUUCUGAUGGAUGAACCAGUAGAAUAUGAAGUAGAUGUAAGCAAGACUCGUGAUAAGACUAUCAUCAAUAUGGAUGACGGCACCCUAACCUAUGUAAGCGAUGUCGAUUCCGGAACUGAGGCACUCAAUCGACCUUCGGAUACAUAUUUAGUUAACUUUUUCGAAGAUCAGAGUCAUGAAGUUAUUACGCCGGAUGACCCCAUUCCACCGUCAACUACCGAGCCAGAUAUCGAACAAAUCCUCGCCGAACUGGCAGAGGGAUCGUUGGCCCUCGUUUCGUCCUUGGAUCCAGAGCACGAAGAUCGGGUACUCAACGAAAUCUACAUGCUGGACAAGGAGACGGGCGAUAUGUGCGAAACGCCUCUAAAUAUACCAGACCAUAUUGUUCAAUGCAUAAUGAAUGUUAUGCAGUUAGAGGACUAACAUUUUAUAUACAUAGCUACGUUAACAAUAGUUGUUAAAAAUUAUUAUUUAUUAAAGCAUUUCGAAAUAUGCA